UAUCAGCCCUCUGUCACUCGUACGUCAUCAAUGGUUGAGCAUUCGGUGCAUCAGGAAAACCACCAGAGUAAUUGACCGUGUAGGUGCAUCUGUGAAUUGUGCAUCAAUGAAAACGCAUUAAUUCAUCAUCUCGGGAUUUAAUUCUCAAUUCAUUCAAGAGUCAUACGGGAGAAGGAUAAAAAGAAGAAAUAAAUCGAGACACGAGUUUCUGAUAUUUCGGAUAUUUCAAAUAUAUCACAUAUUUAAAAUGAUUUAAUUUUGAGUAAUUAAAAAAAAAGUGAUGGGAUAGUGGAGAGAGGAAAAUGGAAAAUUGAGUGUAUUUUGAAUUGAACUGGAUUUUUUAAUUUGACUGUCGAACAAGUGGACUUGUGAUGAAUGAAUUAAAGUUUUUAGUGGCAACAGCAAAGUUGUGAGAAAUCGAAGUGAAUGGGAUUGCGGAUGUGUGAGUUUAAUGACCCAGAUUUAAAGGAGUGAGAGGGUCAAAGGACUUGAGGCGAAUUGCUGGUGAAAUGGGACGCGGCCUGGACCGCCGCUGAAGAUUAUUUCGACAAUGUCAAAUACGAAAAGCAAAGCGCAACAGCAACACCCGACCAACGGACAAUCAGGUCAAAUCGGUAAACAGAGUGAACCGAUACCACCCCAGUAUCAACCACCCCCUCAACCCAGUGGAAUACUCAAGAAUAAUCCGCACUUCAAUAACGUGGGAACACCCAGCAGUGGUUUAAUUAGUCCGAACUUGGUAGCACCUGGGGCUCUAGGGGGUAGUCAGGCAGGCCAGGUCAGGGGGAAAGAUGGUCAAGGGAAACUCUCACCCAAGAUCGACUUUGUAACGGCAUCGAAGAAUCCAUCGCUGCAUUCCACCGGUUUUUAUCCAUCCAAACUACCUCAGGGACAGUUUUUAUCACCCAAUAGUCAGUAUCCACCUGCAAGUGUGGCGCCCGUUCAGGCUCCGAGGAUCAGAAUCAGUGACGACGAAUUUUUGAGAUUGGGACCUGUGGAGAUGCUCAAGUUCGUGAGAAAAACUGAGAGCGAUAUUGCCAGAAUUGCUGCUGAACAGAAUCGACAGAUACAGAAUUUGCUGAGCGAAUUACGAGUACUGAAAGAGGCAAACCAGAGGCUGAGCGAUGACAACCAGGAGUUGAGAGAUCUCUGCUGCUUCCUGGACGACGAUCGCCAGAAGGGUAGGAAAUUAGCGAGGGAGUGGCAGAGGUUUGGGAGGUACACCGCAAGUGUUAUGAGACAGGAAGUAUCGGCUUACCAGAAUAAACUGCGACAGUUGGAUAAUAAACAGCAGGAGCUCAUUAAGGACAACCUUGAGCUGAAGGAGUUGUGUUUGUAUUUGGACGAGGAGAGAGGUGGGGGACAGAGAGACGACGGAGAUGGCUCGAGCUCCAGUACCAAUGCGGAAGAGACUGUCCCGACAAGUAGGUCGAGAAACGCUGCGGCAACCUUCAAUGAUCAAACAAUGCAGUACGUGAGGAGUUUGGAGCAACGAGUCAAACAAUUGGAAGAAGACAAGAGUAUUUUACAAGCGAGGGCUCAGAAUAGAACCCCCCAGGGACCUACGGUCCCAACUACAACAGUGCCAACACCCUCGGACCCCCUCUGGGAGUCGCCUGCCAUCCCCAAUGACAAUCAACCCCUCGGGGGACGACCAGAGGCCGUUGUCCGGGCUCUCCAGGUUCUCGAAGUCAGAGAACAACUGGAGAGAGAGGCUGGGCAUGACGGGGAAAAGGCUCUCAUUCGAGAGAUGUGUAAUGUCGUGUGGAGAAAACUGGAAGAGGGUCCCCAGCCAAAACGCUAAUCCACGAUUAAUUCCCUCAUCACUGCCUUCCAAUGUAUUAUUAUUAAUUCCUUUAAUGUAGAUAUAAUUAAUUUUUAAACUGUCAGAGUAUGUUAUAAAAAUGAUGUUGCCACAUUCGAUUAUUUCCAAACAUGAGAUUUAUAAGCGUUAAAUUUUUAUAAGAUAAAUUAUUGUU